GAUGGGAAAUUUCUCCUUGUCUGAAAGAGAAGAGUUACUAGUAGAUAUUGCUAAUGAAGAUAUCCGUGUAAGUGCCGACGAAUGUCACCGCAGUUUAUUCGGGAAAAUUAUAGGCGACAGACCUGCCAGCUGGAUUGGAAUUAAGCGCUCCAUGAACCAAAUAUGGCGUCUCUCUCAACCGAUGGAGGUCAAGGAACUCGAAACCAACUACUUCCAAUUCAUCUUUCAAAGCAUGGAGGAUCUAAGAAGGGUAAGCUAUGGCACUAACUGGACCUUUGAGAACCAGUACCUGAUUCUGCGCGAAUGGAGGAAAGGUCUAAACAGCAAACAUCACUGCUUCCAAGAACUUAACAUAUGGGUCCAGGUAGCUAACAUACCGUUGAACUGGCUUAGCACAGAGGUCGGGAUUAAAAUUGGGAAAGUCUUCAAAGGCGUAGACAAUGUGGUUAUUACGAGCUUUGGCAAUCACGGUGGGAAAUUUCUACGUCUGCUGGUUACAUUGGACUUAACCGAACCAAUUCCCAGAUGCUCCAAAGUUAGACUUGGUGAGGAUGUGGUUACUAUUAGUUUCAAAUAUGAAAAACUAAGGAACCUGUGUCACUACUGCGGACAUAUUGGGCAUCUAGAGAAAGGAUGCUUAAAGAAAGUUGAUGACAUUAAGUCAGGUAAUCUCAAAGAAGGCCAAUAUGGCGAUUGGCUUAAGGUCCCUGAAGGACAGUUAUGGACCGGUAAUUAUCACCAUAAUUCUGGGUCCAGAAGCCCACCUCAAAGUCCCCGCAAUUCUCAGCAACCCUCCUCUCCUGGACAAUCGUCUCAGAAUCCUGAGACAGCCGGACAAUCAACUCCCAGGAAUCAAAUCAUCAUACACGCAGCAGACUCCACUCCUACUAUUAAGUCAUCUGUAAUGGGCUCAUCUACUGGCUCUCCCAUCGCAAAGCACAAAUCACCAGAGGUGUCAAAGCCAAUAUCUGCUAAUGAGGAGCAAGUUAAGGCUAUGGAGCUUGAAUCUAGACCAUUAUCUACUCUUGUGGCUCCCCAUUCCCAGGAGUCUGACAAAGGCAAAGGCAAAUUAACAACCUGGAAAAGAACGGGGAAUAAGAUAGGCAGGCUGCAGAGGCUUAUUGAUAACCCCUCUCAGACAAACAAAUUGUUGAUAGGCUUUGAGGAUCGAUUUUCCUUGGUGGAUCCUCAAGGUCAAGGGGGAGGUCUCUUAUUAUUAUGGGAACCAUCUGUCUCAAUUCUUCACAUUCAGUCUACUUCUUUUUACAUUGCUAUCCACUUCCAACUUGCAAAUUCUGAACCUCAAUGGGGAAUAUUUGUGUAUCUCAGUACCAACAAAUCUGUUAGGGCAUCUCAAUGGGCUGAUCUUGAAGCUGCAAAGACUGGUUGGGGAGACCUAUGGUUUGUAUCUGGAGAUUGGAAUGAUCUCUGUUCCAAUAUGGAGAAAAUGGGAGGUAAUCCUAGACCCUAUGGCAGCUUCUUGGGCUUUAACUCUUUCAUCAGAAACAUGGAUAUGGAGGAAAUUAAAAUGCUGGGACAUCAGUUUACUUGGUGUAACAACAAAACAACUGAAGGCCUAGUUGAGGAAAGGCUAGACAGAGCUUUUGGCUCCAUGGAUUGGCAUCAAGCAUUUCCUAAUGCCACAGUUUUGAACAAAGCUACUAGUUCCUCUGAUCACUCUAUUCUCUUGGUGGAUGCUGGCUAUCAAAAAGACAGAAAACCAAAAAGAUUUCAUUUUGACAAACGUUGGGUGGGCAAGGAAGGAUUCUUGGAGGUUGUAUCUGCUGAUUGGAGGAUCCCAGUUUCAGGCACACCCUUUUUUAAACUCAAAGAAAAAGUAAAAAACACCAGAACUGCACUCUUAAUCUGGAGCUCCAAAUUUCAUACUCAAAAUCAGCUUAUCAUAGCAUCUCUCACUAAAAAGCUGGAAGAUCUGAGAGCUCAGAACAUAGCCAACAACUGGGAUGACUGGAACAACACCAGAAUUGAUCUUCAAAAGGCCCAUCACCAAGAAGAGCUUUACUGGAACCAGAAGGUGAGAUUGAAUUGGCUCAAACAUGGAGAUUCUAACUCCAAAUUUUUUCAUGCCUACACAUUACAGAGAAGGAGGAAGAAUGCAAUAUCCAGACUAGUGUCUUCUAGAGGUGAAGAGCUCACAUCCCAGUCUGCAAUUCAAUCCCACAUCUCUGAUUUUUACUCUAAUCUGUUCUGUUCUGAAGGCUCCUGGGGAGGUGACUCUGUUCUUCAUCUGAUCCCUAGAUCAAUCACCUCUGAUAUGAAUACUUCUCUUAUGCUACCAGUUGAGGAAGAAGAAGUGAAAACUGCUCUUUUCAGCCUUCCCCCAGAUAAGUCUCCUGGUGAAGAAGGGAUGAGUGCCUUCUUUUAUCAACAUCUCUG